UCGGCCACUCAUGACUCACCCACCCAACCAAACACCCAACUCCCAGUUCCCACCAACCUCUCUUAUUUUUUCUCGCUCUCUCUCUCUCUCCACCAAUUAGCAAAAGCCUGAAAAUUCUCGGAUUUUCUCGCACUCUUUCUCGCCAGUAAAACAAACGUAGAAAAAUCAUGGCUCGGAAGAAGAUCAGAGAGUACGAUUCCAAGAGGCUCCUCAAGGAACACCUCAAGCGCCUCGCCAACAUCGAUCUCCAGAUCUGCUCCGCCCAGGUGACGGAAGCGACGGACUUCGCCGAGCUGACGAAUCAGCAGCCAUGGCUUUCGUCCACCAGGCUGGUUGUGAAGCCGGACAUGUUGUUCGGGAAGCGUGGGAUGAGCGGUCUGGUGGCUUUGAAUUUGGAUCUUGCUCAAGUUGCCGACUUUGUCAAGGCACGCCUAGGAAAAGAGGUUGAGAUGGGUGGUUGCAAGGCACCAAUAACGACUUUCAUUGUUGAACCGUUUGUUCCUCAUGAUCAAGAGUAUUACCUUUCAAUAGUUUCUGAAAGGCUUGGUUCGACUAUUAGCUUUUCGGAAUGUGGGGGUAUUGAGAUUGAAGAGAACUGGGAUAAGGUUAAGACUAUAUUCCUUCCCACUGAGAAACCAAUGACGGCGGAGGCAUGCGCUCCAUUGAUAGCUACUCUUCCGUUGGAGGUGCGAGGAAAAAUUGGAGACUUCAUAAUAGGAGUCUUUAAUGUAUUUCAAGAUCUGGACUUCAGUUUUCUGGAAAUGAAUCCAUUUACGCUGGUUAAUGGAGAGCCGUAUCCACUGGAUAUGAGGGGAGAAUUGGAUGACACCGCUGCUUUUAAGAACUUUAAAAAGUGGGGCAACGUAGAGUUUCCACUUCCUUUUGGAAGAGUUUUGAGCCCUACAGAAAGCUUUAUUCAUACGUUGGAUGAAAAAACAAGUGCAUCAUUGAAGUUUACUGUUUUGAACCCGAAAGGACGCAUCUGGACUAUGGUUGCUGGAGGAGGCGCAAGUGUCAUAUAUGCUGACACUGUUGGUGAUUUGGGCUAUGCAUCUGAGCUUGGUAACUAUGCAGAGUAUAGUGGAGCUCCAAACGAAGAAGAGGUGUUGCAAUAUGCUCGAGUUGUUAUUGAUUGUGCAACUGCAAAUCCUGAUGGUCGUAAGAGAGCCCUUUUGAUUGGAGGGGGCAUUGCUAACUUCACCGAUGUUGCUGCCACUUUUAAUGGGAUUAUUCGAGCUCUAAGGGAAAAAGAGUCCAAGCUAAAGGCAGCGAGAAUGCACAUAUAUGUUCGACGAGGUGGUCCUAAUUAUCAGACUGGCUUGGCGAAGAUGCGUGCUUUGGGGGAAGAACUCGGAAUAUCCCUUGAGGUUUACGGGCCAGAGGCCACAAUGACGGGCAUCUGCAAGCAGGCAAUUGAUUGCAUCAUGUCCCAAGCCUAAAGUUAUAAAUUGUUUUCUGACUUUGUCAAUGUGUGCCAAGAAAAUAAUGUAUACAUUCGAUAUUGACUAAAAACAACUUGCCUGAGGUUUCCUUGAGCACAUUCGAUGAAGUUAAUUGUUUUUGCAA